GACAAGGAAGGAGAGAGAAAGCGGGAGAGUGUGGACUCUGGCAAGGAUGUGAAUUCCAGCUCUGUGAUGGAGGAGAUCUCGCAUCGAGACCAUGAUGAGCCAACCAACAAGGAGCCCGUCUCCUGCUCACUUCCUCUCCCUCGUCCUCAUUCAACUCUACCUUCACCAGUCUCCGCUCCAUCAGAUCAGGCCUAUCUGCAGGCAUCUGCCAUUUUCCAGCAGCUGCGUGAGGAGAAGCCAGUCACACUUCAGCCUCUGCCUUAUGGGAAGAAAAUGGAGGCACCACUGCCCGGGAGCGGAGACAAAGCCACACAGAGACAGGCCUACCAACUCGCUUUCAGCACACUUAAAUACCAAGAUUUACUUGAGGACAUCAUCAGUGACAGCUGCUUCCUCACCUCUCAGCAUAUUUCGGCUGACUUGUUGCCCUUGGCGAUGGUGAUGCUGUUUGACCUCCAGGACCGAAGGUUUUUGUUGCGUGAACUUUCAACAGGGGAACGAGAGAAGCCUAUGCAGGAAGUCAGGGACCUGGAGAGUAGUCUGCACAGGUGUAAGACCAGACUGGCAGCAUCUCUAGCUCGCUGCAGAGUUAAACAGAAUCUGCAGAGUGUCUCCUGUUUUCUGUCUGAUCUUGUCAGGACCAAACAGCACCGAGCAAAACAUCUGCCACUUUACGCCUGGGUCAAUACGCUCAAGGCCAGCGUUGAAGAGGUGUGUGAAGCGUUGCAGAGCGCCGGCUUGUGUGAAGUGAGGAACAUGACUGACCUCAAGGACUCAACGUUCUGCAGGGACUCUCUCUGUCCAGACACGCUUGUCUUCUGCCAACAGCUUCAGGCUCGGCUCCAGCGCAGCAGCCUUGCUACCACACAUGUACUGAACAUACAGGACAGGAGCGUGUGUGUGGCAGUGACUGUGUUACGCCCCCUGCUGUUUAAUAAUGGUGACGUCCUGGUGGUGGGGUCUUUCUCAGCUGUGACUGUGGCUCACAUAGCUGUCGUGGCUGCUGCCCGCUCAGGCCAAGUGUUGGUGUGUGGUGCUGAUCACACUUCUUUACAGGUAGAAGAGAUUCGGGAACUACUCACAGAAAUGGACAUCAAGAAUGUGCGAGUCCUGUCAGAAGCAUUCUGCAGUCUGAAUGAGUGGGACGCUACCAUCCAGCGUUUAAAAGUCAUUAUAUUGCAUCCUCGGUGUUCAUCCUCUGCCCUCAGUGACCCUGUGCCCACCAUCCACAGUGAACAUGGAGACUGGGAUCUAUUACCAGACUUGUCUCACGGUUCUGUAUCCCAACGCAAAAUAACCACAAUGUCCAACCAGCAGGCACGACUAUUAGCACACGCUCUGACCUUCCCAAAGGUUCAGACAGUGGUCUACUGCACACGCUCAGUGUAUCCUGAGGAAAAUGAACAUCUGGUGAAAAGAGUGUUAGAAAAAACACACACUCACCCCAAGCUGCUGCCCUUCAGAGUGAACGGUCCAGUUUUCCCUGUUGACUCCCAGUCAGGAGAUGCAACCAACUCCAAGUUCUUCAGGCUCGAACCAUCUCAGUUCACCAAUGGCUGCUUUAUAGCCAGACUGUCCCGACAGGCCGAUCCCACGAAGGUAGAAACAGUCCAGGAUGUGCUGGCAAGGGCGGCAGCGAAGGGCCUCCUGGGUGGAAUAAUUCCUGAACAGUCAAAAACUGGUAAAAAGGGGAAAAGCAGGAAGACUCGUGGCGCUUCAGCCACCAGUAAACCCCCAUCCCCCUCCAGCCAAGAGAGGCAGACAGGAAGGGAGCAUGUAAAUGGACAAGGUCCAGACACACCUUCAGGGCACGAAGAGGAGAAAGGUGGGAGAGACGUAAAGGGUAGUAAGGAGGAAGAGGAGUACAAAACGAAGGAAGAUGAAGGGGGGGAGAAAGAAAAGAAGAGGACGGGGUUUAGAGGGCUUAAGCGAAAGCUCAAGCGACGACAACAAACCAACAGUGCUCCCGCUGUCUCCAAGCAUCACCCGAAAACCCACAAGAAGAAACCAACGAAGAGAAAAGUCAACCACUCACGUCCCAAGAGGCAUCUGACAAAAACUAUUGCGCACAAGCUAAGUGACAAUCCAAUGGUUAGAUCACAACAGACUGUCUUUAGCACACCUUUGCCUGCUGGAAAACAUCCCUCACCUGCUCGUCCUGCUCCACCUACUCCCCCUGCAGCCUCCAAGCAAGCGCAGAGACAAAAAACACAGCCUCAAAGAGCAGAGAAGACACUAAAGGAUGCAUCUGAACCAGCAAGCCUGUUUAGGGCCCGAGGAGCGGUGGUCAGACCAGGGGAAGCGUUGACGACUGCAGUUUCUGUCCUUCCACCCAUUUCCUCCCCGUCCUCUUGCUCGCUACGCAGUGGGAGUGGCAGUUCUCCCUCCCACCCUCUGUCCCAGACCUCCCACUGUCAGCGUGCCAACAUGUCUGCAUCCUCAUCCUCAGUCUGUCUGCCAGGAUUACAGAGAUGUGGGGAUUAG